AUUAAAAUGUACUCCCCUUAUGGUGUUUCAUAUGCAUCUCCAUUAGCAACAUCAUUAGCUAGACCAGUGCCAUGUAGAAGAUUAUUCAAUACUUAAAUAGUUGGAUAUACAGCUCCAGUGUCAUAUGUUUAACCAGUAUCAUAUGCAGCUCCUGUGACUUAUGCUUCUCCAGCCUAUUCUCCUAUAAGAGGUGAAUCAAGAUAUGAAUAUGUCCCACAUCAAAAGCCAGUUAUAGAAAUGGAAGAAGAAGUAAGAACAUACUAGGUAAACAUAAUCCUUACAUAUAGGUUCCAAAAUAAAAAUGGGUAACUGAUUAUUAUCCAGUUGAAUACUAAAAAGAAUAUAUUCCUUAAGUUACAUAUGAAAAAUAAGUUGAUUAUGUACCAGUUGAAAAGAAUGUACCAAGGGUUGAUUAUUUAGAAUAUGAAAGAGAGGUAUAAUUAAUCAUUUAUUUAUGUAUAGGUUAGAAGAGCUCCUCCUGCUCCAGUUUCUUAUGCUUCACCACUCUCAUACAGUUAUGCUGCACCCGUUGUUCCUGUUGCCUCAGUUGCUGCUCCAUUAAGAACUAGCUAUGUUGCGCCUACAUAUGGAUAUGCUCCAUCUUAUAGCUAUGCUGCACCUACAUUUGGUUAUGGAUCAUUCUAUAGAUAUUGA